AGCUUCGCGCGAAGGAUGUGGAGCGUUGGCGCUUCACCGGGCUACUCAUGGCCACUGCUCCAGUUCAGAGGUCGGAGGCGGCGCUCCAUCACCGAUCCCCGGCCACCAUCGAAGCUCCUCACCCCUCGUCGCCUCCUCAUUGGAAGAGAACGCCGAUUCCGAAGCCCCACAGCCAUCACCAAUGAGGAUUCCGACCAGGAACCACAGCAGCAGCUCAAUCUCUCCGUUCUUCGCUUCACUCUCGGGAUUCCGGGUCUGGAUGAGUCCUACCUGCCCAGAUGGAUCGGCAUCGCCUGCGGUUCGCUCAUUAUCCUCAACCAUUUGUCCUCCCCUUCGUCCCCUACCCCUGCCCAGCUCAGAACGGAGGCCUUGGGCGUCUUCUUGGCAGCCUUCUCUGCUACUCUUCCUUAUCUUGGAAAGUUUCUUAAGGGUGAAAAUUCAGUUGAACGUGCACCCCUCCCUGAAGGAAACAAGCAAAUAUUUGUAUUGUCCGAAAAUCUCACUGAUUUUCUCAAAGAGGAUUUGGCUUGGACAUCAUAUGUUCUUUUGAGGAAUACAAACACCAUGUCAGUGCUUAUCGUGGUAGAAGAUGCAUUAUGUGUACGUGGCUACUGGGAUGUACCUGAAGAUUUUUCAAAAGCUUAUAUACUUGAUCAGCUCAAGGGACAGAUUGAACAAAUUGGAUUCUUGGACCUGAAAGAAACAGUAUACUUCCCCCAAAGUCCAGAUCUACAGCUUCAGAAUAUGCUACCCAAAGGAACUCUUUCACUUUUAGUACAGCCAGUGCUUGGAGCCGUCGAUCCCAUUAGUGAUGGCAGUUCAACGAAUAAAGGGAUUAUUUUGGUGGCGUCUAAUGCGAGCUAUGCAUAUAGCAAUAGAGAUAGGGCUUGGAUAAGAGCAGUUGCUAGCAAAUUUCAAGGUAUCAGAGUUCAUGUGUGAUCCAAAUACAAUAAUUGCCUGGGUGAUACAUCGGGAUGUGCAGAAAAGAGAAUUUAAUUCAGUAAGAAUCUCAGUCUCAUGCAACCUGAGGUAAAACCUUCAUAUCAUUACAAUGCAGAUUGGGAUCAACUUUUUGCAGGAGGUUGUAAUGCCGUAACUACAAGAGGCAUCUCAUGUACUAUUAUUAUCAAUUUAUUGGAAGUUUGAUUUAUUGUGAUUGGGAAGUAAUUGACCCCUUGCUUUAGUCUUA